AUGUUGUAUCCCCAGCCAUUUUCUCCCGUUGAGAACACCGAGGAGCUGGGCGCGGUCGAGCUCCUGGUGCAGCAGGCCAUUGCCGAAAGCCUUGAGAGAGGUCCACAGCAAAACACCUCAGAUCUGGCCGAGGAUGCUGAGCUGCAAAGAGCCCUGAUUGAAAGCGUCACGGGGCAGGAGGUUCUGGGCCUUCGACCGUUGAUGGGACCCGAAGGGCCAUUUCUUCCGGCAGGACUUUUGAACUCAGGGAAUUCCUGCUUUUGGAACGCAUUGGUGCAGGCGCUGUUCUUUGCGACGCCCAUCUUCAGAGGGGCACUCUUUCAACUGGAUCUCACAGGUGAUGAGGUCCUGAAAGAGCUGCGGGAUCUCUUUGCCGAGAUGGACAUGGGCUUAGUCAGUGCCAUCGAUGCUGGGAAGUUGUACCGCAUGAUCUUCAGUCAAGCAGAAGAAGCAGAUGUAUCGGAACAGAUGCAUCACCUCUUUGAGAUCGCCUCCAGUGGACCCAGUUCCUUAAAGGAGGUGUGGCGAGAACUCUUCAGCGGUGACCUCUUUGAGACAUUCGUGGAGAUUCGUCGAGACUCGAGACUCGAGGCCGAAAGUCCGGGCCACGACUUCGCGCAGUUCCAGGAACUUGCACUGCAGCAUUCGGAUCAGGAGGUGGCUGAAGAGCUGAUUCGGCAGCACCUGCACCAUCUGGGCGUGCAAGACGAUGUCCUGGAAGAGUUCUGGACGAAAGUCGCGCCGUGGGUAGGUGCCAAUCGGCGAUCGGGUGAGAGCAGCCCAGAUUCGCUGCUAAUGGAGGUGGUGAGGCAAUGGAAACAGGCGCGGAAGCUUGAGCAUGCCGCCGCAUCUUCUGCGAACGGUGAUUGGUCUUCUCUGGCCAAGAUGAGGUUACGAGCCCGACAGUUCACCGGGGUGCCUGCGGACGGUCAGUGGGAUGCAACGCGG